AUGAGUAAGAUGCCGUCAGCGCCCGAGUGCGCGCCCAAGUACGUGGGUGGGGUCAACUCGUUUGGCUACAGUGGCACGAUUGUUCAUUGCGAGCUUGCGUCGCUCCCUGGCGUUCCACCGUCCCCGCAGUCCCUGGCAGGGCCGCGAUACGUGCGCAGGCGCUACAGAUGGCGCGAGACGCCGCACCCCCUUGUUGAUGAGCGAGGGCUAGCCCGCAGCAGCUCAGCAAACUCCUUGACGCACGCCCUGCGCUCCUCCGAGUUGUUGGGAUUUCGGAGAGGGAAGGGGUUGCCGAAGGAGAGCACUGCGCAAAGGAAAAAGAAACGCGAAAUCCCGCGUGCGGACCGUGGCUUCUCGCCUAAGCUAGCAGGCACGCUUGCCUCGCGCGCCCGCCGCACCCGCGUGCAGCCACUGCGUGCGGCUCUAGCCGGCGCCAUCGGCGCCUGCUCGCUUGCGCUCUGCGCGGCGCCGCUGCCGCUCCCUUCGCGGGAGGGGCGCUGCAGCCCGAUGGUCAAGUACUCGCGGGACGCGGAGAACAGCACAAAGUCGUGCAAGGCGUCGGGGUCCGACCUGCGCGUCCACUUCAAGAACACCUGCGUCACCGCCGACGCCAUCCGCCACAUGCCCCUCAAGAAGGCGAAAAAGUACCUCGAGGACGUGCUGGAAAAGAAGCAG